GUUUUCUGGAAUCAACUCCGGAUAGUAGAUCGGCUCUGGAUUUGGGUUCCGGAAUUGGAUCGGUUUUGAAAUCGGAGUCGGUUUCGGUAUCCUCAUACGAAUAGAUGUUUGGGUCUAAUGAUGCUACGUACUGAUAGCUUUAAAGAAUCAAAAUUUACUUGUAAACGAUCCAUUCUCAUGGAGAUUCCCGAACUGGUUACGCUUUUGAAACAAACUGAUUCUCAUUCCGGAGCUAAUUCCAAUUCUGUAGUCAAUUCUCAUUCCAUUACCGGAGCAAAUUGUGUUUCCCAGGUCGAUUCCGAUUUCGGAGCUCGGUUCCAAAGUCGACUCCGAAAACGGCCUCGGAUUUGAUUCCGAACACAGAAUAGGAAUCGGUCGGGUCCGAUUCCGAGCUCCCACAUCUAAUACAUACAGCAUAUAUUAAUAUUUCACAUUUUAUUCACAUUUCAGGUAAUGUGUUCGAAUCGAUAUCUGGAAAAUUUAAUUUAAAUUUACAGCCGUCGUAUUAGCAAUUCCAUCAGAAUGGAAACAUAAUUUCGAUGCUUGGGUUUGAAAUAUGGUUCAAUAUGCUUUCCAACGAUCGAUGGGUCAUCUUUUAAAAUUUUGACCUACCUACGUUAAAAUUCUUUCCAAUGUGCAACUGUCAAAUAAUAUGCGGCAACUGUCAUCAGAUGACACCGAACAGCGAUGUAAAUAAACGUGAUUUUGUGGCAACAUGCGGUCGGACUGACGAUAGUUAAGACAGAAUUUGCCUUUUUCAGAGUGUAAAACUAGUUUUCAAAGCAUUGAAGCACAUCACCAUGCCGCUGGAAUUCAAGAGCAAUUGGUCCGCGCGUGCUGGGCGCAACGAAAGCGACGGAGAGGAUGAGAUAGAUCCGAAAGCGCACGCCAAGCUAAUCGACGGUAUCAACGCCCUGACCGGUUCCCAUUACAUCCGUGAGGUAACGCGGACGGAACCGUCGCUCAAGCGGUCCGAGUUCGGGCUGUCCAAAACGAAGGAUGACAAAGUACGGCUCGGCGAUUUGGCAAAGUUUUUCACCAAAACCAAGAAGCACAUAAGCGUUGCGAAGCAGCUGGAUCAGCUCAAGGUGCGGAACCCGCUGCAGAAACCGCUGGAAAAACCGGUCGCCGAUAGGAUCGAGCGGAAGGCUGGCUUCGAACGCGUGCGGAAAGAUGUGGACCGAUGGGAACCGAUCGUAACGGCGCAGCAGGUCGCUCCGCAAACGGUGUAUCCGCUGCAGUACGACAGCACUACGGUGUACGAUGGUCCACCGAAGCGGCUGUCAGAAUAUCGCGUCAAGACGAAGCUGAUGGAAGAGCUGGAGGAGCUUGAGAAGACGUACGAUGAUGGUGGGGAAAAUGGGGAUGAACACUCCGACGAUGGCAAGCAAAACUAUGCGCUAACGAUUGAAGAAAUGCGUGAGCAGCAGCAUGAGCGCUCUCGCCAGAAGAUUCGCGAGUCGUACGCAAUUGCAAAGAAUCGGCGUAUGAACAAGAUUAAGAGCAAGAAAUACCAUCGUCUGCUGAAAAAGGACAAGCUAAAGGAGCAGAUGCAAAAGUUUGAAGAGCUGAAGGAAAAGGACCCGGAGGAAGCGCUCCGGAAGCUCGACUGGAUCGAGAAGCAGCGCUCCCAGGAGCGAAUAUCGCUGCGGCACAAGAAUACGGGCACGUGGGCCAAAAAUCUGCAGGUGCGUGCCAAAUACGACACGGAGGUGAGGCGUGAGCUGGCCGAACAGCUUGCCAUCGGGCGAGAGCUGACGGCAAAGCGUCUUCAGCAGGGAGACAGUAGCUCCGAGUCGGAUGGUGAAAUGGACCUUUCGAUGGGACAGGCCGGCGAAACCAAUCCGUGGACGGAACGUGCCGGCGACUACGAGCAGGUGGCCAAUAAAGAAAUGCAGCAAACCGGCAGUUAUCGCAAAUACUGGGAGGAGCGUAAUCAGGUUGAAAACAUUAAAAAGCAUUUAAAUGGUGAUGGCAAAACGGCCAACGGACAGCAGGCGAAUGGACGUCUCUCUUCAGAUGAGGAUGGAAACGAACCUAGUGAUGGUGACGAAGGUGUGCAACCAUCGAAGCCUAAACGAGCUAAAACACUUCCCAAGAAACGAAAAGAAAAAGUUAAGAUGGCAUCCGGCACCUGGAUUGUGGAAGAUGUGGACAAUUCAGUCCAAAAGCCCAAGAAAAAAGACUCUGCGAAAACGAAAAAGAAUCGCAAGACGAAGGAUAACGUUGCCACUGUGGAGGCAAUGUUCCAGGAAGCGGAGGAUCUUAUCCAGGAUGUGCUGGACAAUAAGUUGGAGUUUGUGCGAAAUAUUGAUCGCGAGAAAAGUUUGGACAUAAAUGGACCUUCUUCUGAGCUGCCAGACCAGCAAGACAAAGAAACUAAAUUGAGCGAUUUGAGUUUUAAGAAACGAGCCACCCUAGCCGACGCAGACGAGGAAAUGAAUGAAACGGUAGAGACGGCAGCACCAGACGAAACGAAUAAUGCAUCGAGUUUGCUAAAAACCAUUCAGUCCUCCAAUGACAAAUCCUCAACCGUGGUCGGUGGCCGCCCAUCGCCGUCGGUCAAGCAAUCGGCCGAAAUCAAUCUAAAGCAGGUGGUACAGAUGAAACCGAAGCAUCUGCUAACGGCCCUCCCCAACACGAUCGUAUCGGGCGAGCUGUCGGACGACGAGGCGGAGGCGGACGAUGCGCAUCGCCUCACGAUCGCCGAAGCGUUCGAGGAUGACGACAUUGUGGCGGACUUUGCGAAGGAGAAGCAGGACGAGCGGCAAAAGGAUCUGCCCCAGGAGGUGGAACUUUCGCUACCGGGCUGGGGCCAUUGGGCUGGGGUGGGCGCCAAGCCACCGGGACCGCGUAAGGCGACGCGCCAGAUAAUGCAAAUACCGGCGGAGCUGCCGCGCCGUGACGAUAACCGCGAUCAGGUAAUCAUCAACGAAGACGCACUGAAGAACGAGAAGCUGGACAAGCACCUGGUGAAUGAGGUACCGUUCCCGUUCGUGACGGUGAAGGAUUACGAAGCGUCGCUAAGGGCACCGCUGGGCCGAACGUUCAUACCGCAGUCGGCACAUGCGGCGAUGGUUGAGCCGCGCAUCGUCACCAAGCAGGGCACGGUAAUAGAGCCGAUGAAGAAGGAGAUGCUGGUGGCGAACCCGAGCAAGCUGAUGCGGGUCGGCAAGCGGCUGCAGAACGAAGCGGUCGACCAGUACAGCAAAUACGCGCUAGAGAAACUAAGCAAACCUUCUCCAGUUUCAAAGGUAGGGUUUGGAAGGGUCGAAUAAGGGAUAAGUGUUGCUGUAAAAGGAAUAUAAUUAAUAUCAAUAAUAAUCCCAUCCCUUGUUAUCUCUUAGCACAUAUGAUGACUUAGCUUUGCAGAGACGCCGUUUUUCCACCAUUUAUCACGCGGUUGUACCACGAAUAUCACGCGGUUGUAUAAAACUCGUUAAAUAAUCUACUUUUGCAUGAUUUGUAAAACAACUUUAUGCAAUCUACUUUUAAGGAAAAGUACAUCAGAGUUUUCAAUGGAAUUAAUCUGAACUUUAAAUACUCCUUAGUCUUUC